CAUUAAUCCAAGUCGUUAAACCUCACGAGAAAAUUAAUGGCACCGAUAUUCUCAGGUUCAUUACAUGGCCUCUCUACUUAACCUACGCCUUUCUAUCAUCUGCCUCAUUCUUCUACCCCUAGCUAGAGGCUUGGACCUCACCCAAGUAUCCGAGAACUUAGUUCCCGAAUUUUAGAAACCCAAAACCAAAACCAACCACGCAUUACUCCAUUUGCACAAAACACAAACAUGGAACCUUCUCAUCACCAGAAACAUCACUCUUCUUUGGGAUCCAAUCUUGCAUUCCUCUCUCUACUCCUCGCUUGUGUUGUUUAUCUCUCUAUAUGGUCUUCUUCCUCCUCUAUCAACCCGCUUUUCGCCUUCCAGAAACACGAUGAUGGCGCAUCACAAAGCCUGACGAUCACAUUCGACGAUCCUCAAGACGAGCUCGAGUCCACUUUAUCCAAGGCUUCAAUGGAGAACAAGACAGUGAUCAUAGCCGUGAUAAACCAGGCUUACGCAGUGCAAGAUGUGAACGCAGACACAACCAUGCUCGACCUCUUCCUUGAGAGCUUUUGGCAAGGGGAGGGCACGAGGGAGCUUCUCGACCACCUGGUUCUGGUGGCGGUUGAUCAGACGGCCUACGACCGGUGCCGGUUUCUGAGGCUGAAUUGCUACAGAUUGGAAACCGACGGCGUAGAUUUCGGGGGAGAGAAGAUUUUCAUGUCCCAGGAUUUCAUCAAAAUGAUGUGGAAGAGAACUUGGUUCGUGUUGGAGGUUCUCAAACGUGGUUACAGCUUCAUAUUCACGGACACUGAUGUGAUGUGGCUAAGGAACCCAUUCACAAAGCUAAGUAAAAAUGAAACUGAGGAUUUACAAAUAAGCACUGACAUGUUCUUUGGAGAUCCAUGGAACACAACACAGUUAAUCAAUACCGGCUUCUACUACAUCAAAUCCAACAACAAGACCAUUGCACUGUUUGAUAAAUGGUACACCUUGAAGGAUAAUGCCACCGGAAUUAAAGAACAGGAUGUAUUACUAAACCUAAUUCGAGGUGGUAUUGUUCCAGAGUUAGGUCUUAGAGUCAGGUUCUUGGAUACUGUAUAUUUCAGUGGUUUUUGCCAGAAUAGCAGGGAUGUUAGGGAAGUCAGUACUGUCCAUUCCAAUUGUUGCCGGAGUAUUGUUGCGAAAGUACAAGAUUUGAAGGCUGUUCUCCGAGAUUGGAAGAAGUUCAAGAAAGUAGUGUCACAUACGAGGAGGGUUAAUCUUAAUCUGACGGCCGAGAGAUUCCGGUGGACCGGCCAUUGGGGAUGUUGGAACUCAUGGAAGGUUCCGGCAAACACCGCCAAAGCAACUCAUAAGUCCUAAAUUAUUGAUAUGUAUAGAAGAGAAAUUAGCAUCAACAAAGAAAACAAAUCGAUUGAAUGUUGUAUUAUCGAACAUAGAAUAAAAUGUCAAAGAUAGGAUAGAGAAGUGGGUUAGGAAUUUUAGAAUUAUGCUUCGUUUUUUGGAUUAAAUACUAGUACGUUACUCUCUGUACUUUACAUGUAAAAACAGUUCAGUUCCUUAUCUUCUAAAUUAAACAUAAUAGUCCUUAUUCUCUC